AUCGUGCUCUACCUGCUGGGCGGCGCCGCCGUCUUCUCGGCGCUGGAGCUGGCGCACGAGCUCCAGGCCAAGCAGCGCUGGGAGGAGCGCCUGGCCACCUUCAGCCGCCGCCACAACCUGAGCCGCGACGAGCUGCGCGACUUUCUCCGCCACUACGAGGAGGCCACCGAGGCCGGCAUCCGCGUGGACAACGCUCGCCAGCGCUGGGACUUCACCGGCGCCUUCUACUUCGUGGGAACGGUCGUGUCCACCAUAGGGUUUGGGAUGACAACUCCAGCGACAGUAGGAGGGAAAAUCUUUCUGAUCUUCUAUGGCCUCAUCGGGUGCGCAAGCACCAUCCUGUUCUUCAACCUCUUCCUGGAGCGCCUGAUCACCGUUAUUGCCUACAUCAUGAAGUCGUGCCACCAGCGGCAGCUCCGGAGCCGGAGGGCCCUGCCCCAGGAGAGCCUGAAGAACGCGGGCAAGGGCGAGGUGGACAGCCUGGCCGGCUGGAAGCCCUCCGUGUACUAUGUCAUGCUCAUCCUCUGCAUGGCCUCCCUCCUCAUCUCUUGCUGCGCGUCAGCCAUGUACACCUCCGUCGAAGGAUGGAGCUACUUUGACUCGCUCUACUUCUGCUUUGUGGCUUUCAGCACCAUUGGCUUUGGGGACCUCGUCAGCAGCCAGAACGCCCAGUAUGACAGCCAAGGCCUCUACCGCUUCGCCAAUUUUGUCUUCAUCCUCAUGGGCGUCUGCUGCAUCUACUCCUUAUUCAACGUCAUCUCCAUCCUCAUCAAACAGUCCGUGAACUGGAUCCUGAGGAAAAUGGAUGGCGGGUGCCGUCAACAGUGCCAAAGUGGACUCUCGCGGUCACGGAGGAAUGUCAUCAUGCCGGGCCAUGUCCAGAACCGCUGCAACAUCUCCAUAGAAACGGAUGGGGUGAUGGAGAGUGACACGGAUGGGCGGCGUCCUUCGGGGGAGAUGAUCUCCAUGAAGGACUUCUUGGCAGCCAACAAGGUCUCGCUGGCCGUCCUCCAGAAGCAGCUGUCGGAGACAGCCAAUGGCUGCCCUCACCAGGCCAGCACGCUGUCUCGGGACAAUGAAUUCUCAGGGGGGGUAGGAGCCUUUGCUAUAAUGAACAAUAGGCUGGCAGAGACUAGCGGGGACAGGUAG